AUGGAAAAGUACGAGUUAAUCCGUCAUAUCGGGCGCCCCCGGCAAGGUAACUGCGCUGCUUUAAUGCUUGCGCAAGAAAGGGACAGCUCCAAAAUAUAUGCUGUCAAAGUGGUUUCUUUGUCUCAACUGGGAAUUGAAGGUUAUUCGAGGGGCACACUGGAGUCGGCUUUAAAGGAGGUUGAGAUGUUUUCAGACUUAUCUCACCCAUUCAUUGUGAACUGUAGACGCACUUUUGUGGAGGGUGGACAGUUGUAUAUCGUGUUGGACUACGCCGAUGGGGGCGACCUCCACGGCCGAAUAGUUCGGAUGAGGGCAAAACAUUCGUUGUUCGACGAAAGCACCAUUCUUCGGUGGUUUGUGCAGCUUUGCUUAGCCGUAAAUUUUUUGCAUGAGAAGAACAUUGUGCAUCGAGACAUACAGUCGAGAAACGUCUUCCUGGACGGCCAUGACCCCGGCUCAGUGAAACUCGGAGAUAUUGCAAUUCCAAGGGUCCUUCAGAAUAGGCAAGACCUCGCCAGCACGUCAGUUGCCACUUCUGGCUACGUUUCGCCAGGGACAUGCGAAGAGAGGCCGUACAGUUUCAAGUCCGAUGUCUGGUCACUAGGGUGUAUCCUGUAUGAGCUCGCCUGCCUGGAACUUCCUUUCGAUGGAGCUUCAGUACAAGCUGCUGUCGGGUCAAUCGGGAAAAGACAGUUCAAUUCAGUGAACCCGAAGUAUUCAGAAGCUACAGCGAAACUUAUCGAAGAGAUGCUCUCCGACGACCCGGGCAAACGACCGACAACAGCCCAAAUCCUAAGUAGACCACACCUUCAAUCGCACUUACAGCUUAUUUUACGAGAGAAGAAACUCAUAACAGCGCCGCCUGCUCCAGAGUCGUCAGAAAGAGAUAGGAUUCGCCAGAUUCAGAACGAACUUCUGGGGUUCCACGGCACGCUGCAUGUAUUAAAAAGCCAAGGGCCAAGCUGUCGGCACCUCGAGGCAGAAGAGGCUGACGCAGUUCCAUCUCCACUGUCUUCUAUCCCCCCCUUGCAGUUCACAGGCAGUGACAUGCCUUUGACGCAGGCUACACAAACGUGUGAUAGCCCCGGUGAUGAACAAAGCGGGAAGAUUGAGUGGAACCUACAGCAGGAGACUCCCACCAACGUAGCUGACAGUUUCUCUGUACCUGUGCACAACGGUGUACCGAGAUCUGAUGGAACGCGAAAUGCGGCCGAAGACGUGAAGCGCGAGAGUAGCAAGCAGAAGGAACAGUCUCUGCGACAUCAUGAAGAGGAACUCAGCAAUAUUCGACAGCAAUAUCAGCGGGACAGGUGGCGUCUCGCCGAGAAACACCGACAGAGGAUUGAGCGCAGCUACGAGUACAACGCAGACACAAACGAACCCGACAAAGCCAAGCAGGUCUGUCAAUCAUUUAUAACACCCAAAGUGCCCAGACGGUGA